CUUCCGCGGAGCGAAUGCUGGCUGUAGUUGGGUUGGUAUUCCAAUGGUGAGGUGUUCGCUCGAGGCAGCCAUUUGACACGGGCAGUGCAAGCAGGACGAGGAAACCAUCGACAAGAUGAGUCCGACGUGGCGAAUUGCCGGCUUGCUGUGCCUGGCUUGUCUUUCCUGCGCACAAAACUGCUCUCGACCCAGCGCCCCGACCAACGGCGCCGUUUCCCGAGGAUCGUUUGCGGUGGGCAUGACUCUGACUUACUCCUGCAAUGCCGGUUUCGUGCUGUCAGGAUUUUCGAACACCACUUGCACGGCAAGUUUGGUGGGAAACAAUGGGCCGCCCGCAUGUAACGAUAUUGACGAGUGCCUGGGAGGCAGCAGUCCUUGUCUCAACGGUGGCACAUGUGUAAACAGAGUGGGAAGUUUCGACUGCACUUGCCCAUCCACGCUGUAUGCCCAGCCAAACUGUGCAAGAGUGUGUGACUCCAAUGGUGAUUGCGGCACUGGUCAGUUCUGCCUUGGCACCAGUGAGUCCAGCACCACGGCAAUUGCGUCCGGCUAUGAUCUGAACACGGCGCCGCUCGACAAUGCCUCACUGCCGUACGCUGUGCCGGCCGCAAGCUUUCCCCCCGUGUCCAGCACCAUUUCGCUCUUCGGCAAGGUUCGCCAGGAGCCAGACACCAAUGGCUGGGUCAUUGCAAAGGGCCGAGACAGUGUGGAGCGUGACUAUGGUCUGUACCUGCGCGGCACGGCCGACCAGAUGUGGUUCGUCUACAACCCGCUGGAUCGCAGCAAUAGCGUGGCGGAAAGCCAGCCGUGGCGCGCCGUCGUCAAGCAAGACCUGGCAAUCGACGACAACCAGUGGCACACGGUGGCGGUGACCUUCCAUCCGACAAACGGCCGAGUCGAGUUCUUCGUGGACGGCGAACUCCGGGCUGUGGAAGUGGAGGAGAUGCAGCCCAACUACCGAGCCUCGGAGAACGCACUGCGUGUGGGAGGCCGCGCUGGUGGAGAGGAGUUCACACUGAAGGGUGCUGUCGACAUAGCCCGAGUCUACACCAUCGCACUGACCGAGGCACAGGUCUACGAGGCACAUCGCGAGGCCAUGCUGCCGGGCAGCAGAGUCUGCACGGACUAUCGGGCGCCCGGGCAGUCGUGCCAGCUCUGCGACACCGGCACAAGUCCCAUUGACUGCACACUCAGAUGUCAAUCUGGCCUCAGUUGCGUGUUCCGCGGCCUGCCCAGCACCACGACGGUGGAGGUACCCAGAUCGGGGACCGGCUACGUGCGGCCAAGCCUGCAGGGCGUUUGCACAGCCGCGUGUGCGUGCACGGCCGCAGCCGACACCACCCAGGUGUGCGGCAACAACGGGCUCACCUACCAGAACAGCUGCUUUGCACAGUGCGACGGACAACAGGUGCUGCACAACGGAACAUGCGUGUCGUACGAAGCCCUGUCGAGACUGUAACUCUAGACUCCUCAUGCCGUUGUUAUCUUCUUCACAAUAACUAUGUUUUCUCGCAACAAACCAGACCAUUGCUAUGCAGGCUAAACACAUGAUUCAGUUUAGCUCACUCAAAGACUGCAGUUAUCACCGACGAUGCUCAGCCGCCAUCUAUUUUUUUAUAGGACGUUCUCCGUGAUGAUAUUAUUGUCAUAAAUCAAUGACGUGAUCCAUUCUAAUAAUUUUUGAGGUUUAUUUUAAUUAACUACUUAAAGUACUUUAUAGCCAAACGCUGAGAGUUCGCUUUCGGCCAUAUGGACCGGCUACGCCCACUACGCGUCUUACGCAUGUGCGGCUUCACUUCCCGGAAACAAUAAUGAUUUGAUAGGCAUGAGCUAGCACUCUAUCAUUGACUAACAUCUUGGUUUGCACAGUGAA